UAUUUUCGUGGGCUCAAGUUUGGUGUGACUGAUUUUUAAUUUUCUUGAAUUUUUAUUUCUUGAUUUUGAUAAAAAUUCCACUGUCGUUGAAUCAUGUGAUUUUGGUUCUCACUGCACACUUCUUACACUGUCUUCUUCAUCUUCUUACCAUUUUUCUUUUAAUUUUUUGGUCCCCAAUUGAAAUUGUGAGUGGUGAAAUUGAGGAAGUUAAUGGAAGUUGCUAGAACUUGUAUUUUUACCAACUCUUUAUCCAAAUUAGGGAUAGGGUAAGGCUAAGGCUAAGGCUGAGGCUAAUUUAUUUCCUCUAUUUCAAAAUCCAAAUGCAGAGUGGUGUCUGUCUCUACAACAGUUUCUUCUUGAUCUGUUCUUACUGUUAAUUAAAAUCACAGAUCAAAAUAGCUUUUUAAUUACUUCCCCUUUUCUCUUCUUUCCACCUUAUAAACCACGAAAAACAAAUAAAGAAAUCCUUGUCGGAAUGCUAAAUUAGUGACUCGACGAUUCCACAUGGGGUUCAGUUGGAAGUAGGCAAGAAAUUGGUCAUUUCACUGUUUGUGGUUGUCGAUUAGAAUUUGAUUCGUGGGUCGGUGCCAUUUAGGUCUCUCUUUAUUUUAAUUUUAUUUUUUAUUAAGUAAUCUUUUUCUGGGAUCUGCCUUAAUCCUUUUGGUAAUUUUCGGACAUUGCAAAGGGAAGCUGCCAUGGAUCUUAGCUACGAGAAGCCAUGGAGACCUCCAAAGAAAGAUUGGAAGAACCUUUUGGUGCUGGCUUACCAAAGCCUGGGGGUAGUGUACGGCGACCUUAGCAUUUCUCCAUUGUAUGUCUACAAAAGCACAUUUGCUGAGGACAUUCAUCACUCGGAGACUAAUGAGGAGAUCUUUGGUGUCCUGUCGUUUGUUUUUUGGACACUCACUCUCGUCCCUUUGUUCAAAUACGUCUUCGUCGUCCUCCGCGCCGACGACAAUGGCGAAGGUGGAACUUUUGCACUGUAUUCCCUAAUCUGCAGGCACGCCAAAGUUAGUCUUCUCCCGAACCGGCAGGUCGCCGACGAGGCGCUGUCGACGUACAAGCUCGAGCACCCUCCGCUGACAAAGAACAGCUCGAAGGUCAAGACGGUGCUUGAAAAUCACAAAUCCUUACACAUUUGUUUGUUGAUCUUGGUUUUACUCGGAACGUGCAUGGUUAUCGGGGAUGGAUUGCUUACGCCGGCGAUAUCCGUAUUCUCCGCGGUUUCGGGGCUUGAAUUAUCGAUGUCGAGGGAACAUCACCAGUAUGCGGUGAUUCCGAUUACUUGCUUCAUUUUAGUGUGCCUCUUCGCAUUACAACACUACGGCACGCAUCGCAUCGGUUUUUGCUUCGCGCCGAUUGUUUUCACUUGGUUACUAUGCAUAAGCGCGCUCGGAUUGUACAAUAUUUUCAAAUGGAAUACACAUGUCUACCAAGCGCUCUCUCCGACUUACAUGAUAAGGUUUUUGAAGAAAACUCGGAAAAGCGGGUGGAUGUCUUUGGGCGGAAUUCUUCUAUGCAUUACCGGCUCCGAAGCAAUGUUUGCAGAUCUUGGCCAUUUCUCCUACAGAGCAAUUCAGAUAGCUUUCACGUUUUUAGUGUAUCCUGCGCUUAUAUUGGCGUACAUGGGCCAAGCGGCGUACCUAUCGAAACAUCACCAUCCGGUGCACAAGAUAGGCUUUUAUGUAUCGGUUCCAGAAAGUGUUCGAUGGCCGGUACUUGUGGUGGCAAUACUCGCAUCGGUGGUCGGGAGUCAGGCGAUCAUCAGCGGGACAUUUUCGAUAAUCAACCAGAGCCAAUCGCUCGGUUGUUUCCCGAGAGUGAAGGUCGUUCACACGAACGAAAAGAUGCACGGCCAGAUUUACAUCCCGGAGAUCAACUGGAUGCUCAUGAUCCUCUGCAUCGCCGUCACGAUUGGGUUCCGAGACAUCAAACACAUGGGAAACGCAUCUGGAUUGGCCGUGAUGGCGGUGAUGCUCGUUACGACUUGCCUCACGUCGCUCGUGAUCAUCCUUUGUUGGCACAAGCCGCCCCUCGUCGCAUUGAGCUUCUUGCUCUUCUUCGGAACGCUCGAAUUGCUAUACUUCUCCGCCUCCGUCAUCAAAUUCACCGAAGGCGCGUGGCUCCCGAUUCUCCUCGCGCUCUUCCUCGUCACCGUUAUGUUCGUUUGGCAUUACGCGACCGUUAAAAAAUACGAAUACGAUCUCCACAACAAGGUCUCGCUCGAAUGGCUACUCGCCUUAGGCCCAAGCCUAGGCAUCGCCCGGGUUCCAGGUAUCGGUCUCGUCUUCACCGAUCUUACGUCGGGAAUCCCAGCGAAUUUCUCCCGGUUUGUAACCAAUCUCCCUGCCUUCCACCGGGUCCUCGUUUUCGUCUGCGUGAAAUCCGUUCCCGUCCCGUUUGUCCCGCCGGCGGAGCGAUACCUCGUCGGUCGCGUGGGGCCCGCCGCGCACCGCUCCUACCGGUGCAUUGUCAGGUAUGGAUACCGCGACGUUCAUCAGGAUGUCGAUUCGUUUGAAUCCGAGCUCGUCACCCGGUUAGCCGAGUUCAUCCGAUACGACUGGUACAAGGCCCGGGACAGCAUGGACGACGGGAACGAUAGUUCUCAGUCGGGGAUGUCGUCGAAUGAGUGCCGGCUGGCGGUGAUCGGGACGAUCGAGCUGGCGGGUCCACCGCCGGUGUUCGAGAUCGAAGAUGUCAUGGAGCCGGCGAGCGUCUCCGCCGGCUGCCCGACGAUCGGCAGUGUGACAGACGUCAUAGAAAUGGAGCCGGUGGCGGAGCGGAGGGUGCGGUUUGCGGUCGACGAUACCGAAUCGGAGUGCGGCGGGAGGUCUACGACGGCGGCGGCGGAGAUGGAGAUGCGGGAAGAGCUCCAGGACCUUUAUGAAGCACAGCAGGCGGGGACGGCGUUCAUUUUGGGGCACUCGCACGUGCGGUCGAAGCAAGGGUCGUCGGUGCUGAAGAGGGCGGCAAUCGAUUUCGGGUAUAAUUUUCUCCGCCGGAACUGUAGAGGGCCAGACGUGGCUCUGAAGGUGCCGCCGGCUUCGCUGCUGGAAGUGGGAAUGGUUUAUAUUGUGUAGGAGCACGUGGUCUGCACGUGCUUGGUUGUUUGAAUGUUUGACUGGAUAUGAUGAUGAGCGAUGAUUGUGGGAGUGUAAAUGCUGGUGAGUGAUGAUGCCUUUUGUUUUUGAAGAGUUUAUUUGUUGGAAGUAUCUUUGUUUUUUCUUUUGGUGCUA